AUGGCGUCUGGCGUAUUACUCGCAGGGCCCAAGCCAGCCAACGACCAACGGCAGUGUCACAACUGCACCGACCCGGCCGUGGGGAACGACGACUUGUUAUGGGCGCCACGCUGUUGGGUGAGCCAUUUUCUGGCCCAGGCUGGAGUUAGUAAGGCGACGAGGAAAAAAGGAGCAGCCACCGGCUCUAGACAAAGUAUAGCGCUGUGGAGCAAGACGGAGAGCAAGCUCAUGGAAUUGGGCAUUCUUGUACAAAUUGAGCGCUGGUGCAUGGAGAAAACGGAGCAAGAAAAGACCGCGAAAGCGCGAAUACAAUGGGUUGGGCUUGCCCACAAAAAGAUAGCCUCUCAUCUUUCUGUCAAGUUUGAGCGGUGA